CAACCCUUAGGUCGUUUUACUACUUCAUAUCUAACUCUUAAGUUAUUAUUAUUCACGUACGACGUGUACAAUAUUAUUUCUGUUUUGUAUAUAAGUAUAAUGUGUAUAACCCUUAAAAGGUCGAAAAGGGGUGAGAUUUUGUUUCUAGUAUUGGGAUUGUUUGGCUUAGUCAUGUUGCACUGCAUGUGAUAUCUAAUAAUUUUAGUUUUCUUUAACUACCGACGGGCCAAAAGUAGAACGUUCUUCAAUAUUAUAUAUUAUGUUUAGUUUAAACAAUUAUUUAGCUAAUUACAAUAAUUCAUUUUGGAAACUGAAAUUUAUUUCUCAGGACAACAUUUGUAAUCCACUAACUAUAUCUAUAAUAAUCACUCGAGUUCCACCGUUACAAGAUGCUCACGACCAAUCGCAGUUAGUACACACCACCAUUACCAUAACUUUCUUCUUUAUUAAAAAUAAACAACAACAAAAAUGGAUAAAGUGGACUCGAGUCGUCGACAAACAUUGUAUGAAUAAGAUUCACCAAAUUAUAAUAUUCAAUUUGAACACUGUAUAAAGUUUACUAUUAUUAAAUCCACUUCAGACAAAAAAAAAAAGACUUGGCCAGGUGUUUUGGUUAAAAAAUCCCCAAACCCCACGUAAUUGACUAUAACGCGGUGUAAUCCACUUUUUAACCAAAACUAUUAGGCCAAGUGGCCAACUUACAAUCACUUUAUCUGAAUCUGACCCGACCCGAUCGACCUAAACCGGAUCACGUAGAUACAUACAUACAUACAAUACAUACAUCUUCAGAUGAAGUAGAUACGUAUAGUACACUGCUGGAUGAUUAUUAUAUAAAUUGUUUAGGCUCAGGAGAAUUGACCUUUGAAUAUUUAUUUCCACAAAACCAUACUGUAAAAAAUUAAAACUCAUCUUCUUCUAUAUAAUAAAGUUUCUUUCGUAUUUUGUAUCGUUCAUAAUCGUAUAAGAAAGAAGUUAAAUAACAAAACCCAACAAACAAAAAAAGAAAGCUUCCUUUUUUGUGUGUGUUUUUUUUUUGAGUUUUCGUCGAUCGAUUGGUUUAAAAAAGUCGUGUCAUAUGAAUUAGUUCUCUCGAUUCUCCGCGGCCAUGCAAAUUUAAGGGUUUUGUUUUGGGGCGUGAUUAUGGGCGCGAGUAUCUCAGGUGGGUUCCCGGAGUUUGAUCGGAACGAUGACGUUUACUCGAGAAAACCCAGAUUCGUGGAUAUACCGGAGAACUGUGUCGCGUUGAUUAUGACGCGGCUUGAUCCACCGGAGAUUUGCAGGCUUGCUCGUCUCAGCAAGGUGUUCCGUCGCGCUUCUUCAGCUGAUUUCAUAUGGGAACUAAAGCUGCCUUCGAAUUAUCGUGUUAUUGCACAGAAGGUGUUCGAUGAAAUUACUCUGAGGAAAUUAAUAAAGAAAGAUCUUUAUUCCAAGCUUUGCCGGCCUAAUCUCUUCGACUGUGGCACAAAGGAACUGUGGAUAGAUAAGAACACGGGUCGUCUUUGUUUAUCUAUUUCUUCAAAGUCACUAAGGAUUACUGGAAUUGAUGAUCGCAGAUACUGGAGUCAUCUCCCAACUGAUGAAUCCAGGUUCCAGUCAGUUGCAUAUGUUCAACAGAUAUGGUGGUUUGAAGUAGGAGGAGAAUUUGAGAUCCAGUUUCCAUCUGGAACAUACAGUCUCUUCUUCCGUAUCCAGUUAGGUAAAACAUCAAAGAGGCUUGGAAGGAGAAUCUGCAACUCAGAACACAUUCAUGGAUGGGACAUCAAACCUGUUAGGUUCCAGCUCGCUACUUCAGACAACCAACAAGCUGUUUCACAGUGCUUUCUGAACAACAACCCUGGGAACUGGAGUCACUAUCACGUCGGGGAUUUUAAAGUGACAAACCCAGAUAUAUCAACAGGGAUCAAAUUCUCCAUGACUCAAAUCGAUUGUACUCACACGAAAGGUGGUCUAUGCAUAGACUCUGUUCUUGUACUACCUAAAGAAUAUGUAAAAGAAGUCAUUGGAUCAGUAUAGUUUUGUAGAUAUAGAGUGAGAUUGUUGUAAAGGGUGAGAGAAUCUUUUUCAGUGAAACCGUUCAAGCUUUUUCUUGAUCUGGGAGUGCAUUCUCAGUCUCAGAUCUGGAACUUGUGUACACAUGGUUGGGUUGUCUCUAGUUUUGUCUGUAGUUACAAAGGUGGUCGUGGUGAUUGUAAAUACGUUUUUUUUCUCCAUUUAGAGAUUAUAUAACACUUCUUUUA